AGCCUUGAUAAGAUUACUGAAGGGCAGCUAUGUCCAAUUCGUGUUUUGUUUGUUUUGCGAAAUUUUAAAUUUUUCAAUUUUCUACAGUGUGUUUUCUAGAGCAAAAGCAUGUUAGUAGUUUAAAAGUGGGAAGCGCAAGUAUAAUUUGUAAGUGUUAAAACGAAACAUGCUGGACGGUUGGUACUGUCGUUCUAUGAACGAACAAGCUCUGCAACAGCAACAGCAGCAGCAGCAGCAACAACAGCAGCAGCAGCAGCAAAACCGCAGUUCUCUCGAAGGCGAUGAUUUUCCCGGGGAUGACCGGGAUGAUGCUGGCGACAGUACGGAUGACGAUAGCGAUGACGACGUUCUUCCAACUCGGCGGAACAUUGACUACAAGGCUCAGUAUAGUCUGCUUAAGAAUAAGUUAAAGUAUUUGCUCUAUGAAAAUGAAUUUUUCCAGGAGAAUCUUCGGGCAAGCCAACGUCGCUUGCUCAAAGUCACUCGUGACAGAUCCUUCCUGCUGGACCGCUUGCUGCAGUACGAAAAAACUGAUCUCACAUCGUCGGAAAGCGAAGAGACCGAAUCAUCGGACGAUUCGUCAAAAAUUGAACCUGCUCCUAGCGUAGGCAGGAAGCGGAAGAACGAUGCCUCUGGAUCGAACAACAGUUCUAUGAACAAAAACCAGCCGAAAAGGAGGAAACCGGGGCCGAAGAAGCAAAUCCCGCAGCAAGUCAUACUGCAGCAGCAAGCAAUUCUCCAGCAACAACGCCACCUUCAGGCCCAACAACAGGCCCAGGUUAUCGCCCAGAUGCAGCAGCAGCAAACGCAACCCCAACUGCCUGCGAAUGCUGGCGCGCCCGCGGCAAACAUUAACCACCACCAGCAACAAGAAGGCCAUCUAACAACGGAGGAAGUCGAAAGGCAUCUGCAGUCGCGGGCUCAAUCAAUGCUGGAAGUAGUUCCGGAAGGUGAACUGCCGAACGAGAUGUUCAGCCAGAAUCCGUCGAGUGAGUCGAAUGAUCAGAUGGUGGAUACGUCACCCAGCAACAUUGGGGAGGAGUGCUUGUCGGUGGAUUUGAACAUGAUGCAACAGGAUUAGACCAUUGGAAUUAGGAAGCAAGCCAAAAUCGUGGAAUGCAAUAAAUUAAAACGCAUAUAAGCAGCUGGCAGUUUUUUUUAAAAUAUUUUCUGUAGGAAUCGGAUUUUGUGUAGACUUUCAAGUAUCAAAAUUUCAAUAUAUAAAUGGAACACAUUCGUGGCAAAUACAAUUUGAAUGUAAAAAAAUAUCAUUGAUUAACCCAUAUCGUACCAAGUGUUCGAAAAAUCGAACAGCAUCUUUGAUAAUUUUUCAUGGCUUUGGAAAGCAACCACAUGACAAUUUUUUUGCAUCAAAUGAUAGCUUAGUUUAUUAGCUACCACUGACCUUUCAAUUUUGUAUAACUUCAUUGGGCAAUUCAGUUUAAAGCAACUAUGUGCGAAAAGUGAACAACUCAACAAAUAACCCCUAAUAAAAUACUUAAAUAUGUAAAUAUGUA